AUGUAUGAUUUAUCAUUCAGUCCUAAUCCCGACUCGGACGUGAAUCUUCUCAAGAAGUCUACAGUGAUCUCUGUAUUGUUAGACACUGGAGCCGGGAAGAGUUUCGUCAACGGGUCAUGGUUAAGGGAUAAUAUUUCUCUUGUGCACGCUCAUAAGCGCUCGGACAAUCCCCUGAAAGUCAAGUGCGCUAACGGCUCUACUUUUUGCACGGACCGCAUGGUCUUAUUGAAGGUAGUUCACGACGGUGAGCUUAAAACAUGGUGGUUCUACGUUACCAAGCAUCUCUCCCAUGCGGUCAUCUGCGGCAUGGACCUCUUGCGUGGUCUUAGCUUCACGUUGAAGAUGUCACCAGGAUCUCAAGAGGUCUCAACGAAUGCCGAGCAGGGUGAGGUUGGCUGUACCUUCACUUCGAUAGUGACUACAUUGAACACCAUUUCGCAACGGUCUGAGGUUAACUCGAGGGACUUUGGCCAGGAUACUGUGCUCUGCUCAUCGGAGAAACCGGUACAAUUGUUAGCAGACGAUACUCUGGUCGACAUCGUCCCGGACAUCUCUAGUCUGCCAAACUCGCAUCCUGAACCAAUACAGCGGCACGUCCAUCGCAUUCCAUGGGUGAGCGAGGCGAGGCCCAACCGUAGCCGGUCUCUUAGACGUGCGAAGCAGAUGUCGAGGAAGCUUGAAGAGAAGCUGAGGAACGAUCCAGUGGCGUACCGACAAUGCUGUGAGCAGAUCGACAUGUUGGUGAAACGUGGGUUCGCAAGACCGGCAUCCGAGGACGAGAUCAAUCAUGCUUACGGACUGUUGGUGGUUCGUCGAGCUUCUUCGUCCACGACGCCUAUGCGUGUGGUCAGGGUUGUGCAGGCCCUGUGA